AUGUCAAGGUCGUCAUCCAUUCCGACACAAUGCGGCCGCACAUUUGGUGCCAACAUCACAAAUGCGUUCCGCAGUCCCACGCCUACUCCUCUGAAUUCCCAGGAGUUUGCACCACUGCCUUGCCUCAAACCGGUUGAGUUCGGCGAUCCACAUAUGGGGGCUCAGAUGCUACCACCCCCACUAAAGCGUCUCAAGACCGAACCGCAAGGAAUUGAAGAGGAGGUGGCAGACGUAAGUCAGAAAAUACCGUUGAAUCGCGAGACCGGGGAUAGGAGAGUAGGAGGAAGUAAAGCCCAGUGUUUGGAGGAGCGUCCUAUGGUAGAUCGCCUCGUCACUCCUUCUUCACCUCACUCAUCACGAAUUGGAUUUAACCAAGAAGAGUUCAAGCCCCAGAUAUAUUCCCCCAGGGCGAUGUCACUGAUCACCGAAUCUGGAGCCCACGUUACCGCUCAAAAGCAUUUUAUGAGCCCAGUGGCCGCUUCAGUAUUGCGACGAGGGACCGCGGCGUCAGUUUAUGCACCUCAGACGCAAGCUUCAGGAUGGCGUGCAAGUAGUCGUUUUGAGUGGUCAAAUGAGUCGACUCAUCUUUGUCAAUCUUCGGGAGUGGUGCACCGGCUAUGGCAACGUGCCAAUGCCGGAGAAGGUGAAGAUGACAGCAGCAGCGACGGGUUAGAGGACGUCAGCCCUAUUCUCGAGCUCAAUCAGCAACCAUCAACUUUGCUCGAUGUGUCAGCAAAUUCUUCUCCGAAUAAGAAGAGAGGUGCUGAAGUCAUGGCACAAAAUGAUUGGUCGCCUUUUGUUUCUAAGGAGGCCCUUGAGCUGUUCUCAAACGCAUUUAAUGACGUUUACAACCUCUAGCCUCUUACAGAAGUAGUUAUUUGUGAAGAAAUUAACAACAGAGGCACGCUCUUAUGCUACAAUAUAUCAUCCGGGAGGGGGAUGAAACAAGAGUAUCGAGGAGGAAAGAGCUACAAAAUAUCGAUUAGAUUGAAAAGGAUAUUUCACAAAAAUAGCUGGGUAGGAUGUGUGAAAGUUCUUUGGAUUUCUGCAAAAGAAACGCAAAGCCCACCUUCACAUAUAAUAGUAUGAAGAAAAACUAGCAACAUAUUCAUCGACUGGAUCCGAGAUGGGGAAACCAGUUCUCAUAGAACUCAUAGGAUAACUGCAUGCGUGAAAG